AUGUCUGGUGCCAAGGAGCGAAGGAAGGGUGUGUGGCAGCCCGUUCAGCCCACACGAUCCUCGCUGCUCGCCAUAGACCAGAUGAUCGCACGGCUGGACACCGCCAGGACAUACGCUCAGGAGAAGGUGGGUGGGGGGGUGGGUGCUCUGACAAUGGAUGGCAUUUAAUUGUGCAAGUCUCUUGAUCUGGCCACCAUACAUACACAGGUGCUCAAGCGUGGGCGCCCCAACCUACCCUCUCUCGGCUCUCUCGCUAGGGCCAACGCCGCGCUGGAUAGCUACAGGGCCGGCCUAGUAGACGACAUCAAUAGCCAGCUGCAGGUAGGUGUGUAUGAUGUGUGUGUGCCGUACACACAGAUGUAUGGCGUGGUGUGGUGUGGUGUGGUGUGUGCGGCCGGCAGGGGGCGAUUGGUGUUGCUGAUGUGCGCCAUUUCUCCCCUGGUUCACAGAAAAUCUCCCAACAGGUACACACAUUCACACGCUGAUCUGAUCCAUCAUGAAGCCACACUGUCUGUCUGUCUGUCUGUCUGUGUUGCCUGUCUGGCUGUUGUCGUGUGUGUGAAUCCAGGUUGGCGGGCAGCCUGCCCACGAACCGGAUGCCGCCACAGGUAUGUACCCUUCUGCAGGCAGAAGUGUGGACGCACUCAGAUACCAGCUGUGGGGUGUGUGUGUAGUUUCGCUGACAGAUGGUGCUGGAUACCCCUCGGAGCUGUUCAGACAGCCAGACGCCGUUCUCGAGAAGAUCGUCGACCAGCUGCCCGCCCCGGAUCUCGCCACCUACCGUGCCACCUCAGCCGACUCCGCACACACCGCCGACAGGACCUACCUCAACCGGCGGCUCCAAGGGCACUUGCACACCCAGGGCCUGGCGGACGUCCUGCGGCUGGACAUUCGUCGGAACGAGUAUCUCCUGGAGGCUGUCGACAUGAUAGAGGGGUCCGCGGGCGGGCCGGGGAGGCGGCAGAAGGGGGGGUGGCGGGGUGGCAUGUGGGCGCCCCAUCUACGGCUGGCGAGGCACCAUGGGUGGGUGGAGUCGCUACCCAUCACCGUGAGGGGCAGUGACUUCGACAACCUCGAGCUCGACGUCCGCCGUCUGCAGCUCGCCGACCACCAGGAGCUCCCCGAGGCCAUGCGGCAGUACAUGCUGAUGGGGCGGUCCAUCACGCACGAUGAUGAUCCCCCGCUGACCCCUGGCACGACGGACGACACAUACCAGCUGGGCGGCCACAGGAUGGGCUACGUCGGGAUGUACUAUCGCCCGUCGACGCUGCCCCAGGACUACCCCUUCGAUCGCGAUGAUUUCGACAGCGACGAUCCCCCGUGCCUGGGUGAGGGGAGCGGGAGGGAACGAAAAGGUCAGGCCUGAGAUGCAUUCAUUGCGUCCGUAUGGCUUUUGUGUGUAUACGUGUGCGCAGCCCCACUGGAUCCGGGCAUCAAGGAGCUUCCGAUCGUGACCUUUCCCAGGUUCUCAGAUCGCAUCCUAGACCGGUCGGUGUGUAAACACAAACAAGGCACUCACUCUAUGCGUGUGUGUGUGGUGUCAUUCAUGUGUGUCUGUCUGUCUGUGUGUCACCACCAGCAUCCAGACGGCCAGGUGCAGGGUGGUCAUGUGCAGCACCUUCCACCGCAGUGACGUUCGGUACGAGCGCUGCAUCCAGAUACUGGACCAGAUAGCCCGCAAGCGCCUGCCCAUAUGGGGCAGCACAACCGUCGUCCAACACUCUCUGGGCGGUAGGUAGGAAAGAGGGAAAUGACCGACGACACACACACAGACCAGACCACGUAUGUGUGUGUUGGUUGUUAUGUGUGUCAGUGCUGGUGACGCUGUGUGGUGCCGAGCGCGAUGACGCCUUCGCCAUGCACGUGUCCAUCACCAAGAGCGCCACUCAGAAGGACGAGCUCACCGUCCUGCUCCGGUCGACCGAGCGCUGGGAGUAUGUUGGCGACCAGUUUGCCCUCAGCCUGGGGAUAGCCAAGGACAAGAUGGGCAAGGAUUUCACGCCCUUGUUCGACCAGCUGUAGAGCGAUAUCUAUUGGUUGCAGUCAGUCAGGAGCGGGCAAGAGGGAGGGAGGGAGGGAGUGAGGAGCCUGUCAUGUAUGUGUUGAUAUCAGGUGGGGGGUUUUCGUGUCGGUCUGGUUCAUCCAUCAAUACAUGGUGCUUGUACAGGGAGGGGACGGACGGGGCAGCGGACUGACUGGCACAUGUCCCAUGUAUGUGCGUGUCGCUCUGCAUUCGGAGCAACGAGCUGCUUGGAUGGUUGAACUCAUCAGCUGCAUUGCAAAUCGUCUUGGC